AUGGAUUCCUUUUCUGGAGACACCAGCCCUCUCAGCAGCCUGGGCUCUGGCCUGCGCAAGCUGGACCGCAUCAGCGCGGAUGGCGGCGCGGCAUCGCGGCAGAAGAGCUGCAACGCCUGUGUCAGAGGCAAGCGGCGCUGCGACAAGCGAACUCCGCGAUGCACUCGAUGUGCGACCAAGGGUCUGGAUUGCGUCUACCAGCGCCAGCCUCCUCCUCUUCCUCAACAGCAGCAAUCGCAACACUGCACCACGCCCGAUAUGCCUCCCGAAUUCGACAUGAGCUUCGACAUCGAGAGCCUCAGCACUGCAACCGGCACAAACACAAGCCCCGAGAGCCUCCAGCAGGACGUGGGGCUGCAGCUCGGCGGCGAGCCUCAGUCGCAUCACGCCGAUCUGGGCUUCUCCAUCGUCGACCUGAUGAAUGCGAGCGCCGCUGCUGGCCCGGGCAGCUUGUGGGACCUGGGCUUCGGAGAUGCCACCAGCAAGAUGGACCUCCCGCCGGUUCCCGUGGUGCCGCCGUUGCAGACGCAGCAACCACAGCCGGUUCAGUCGCAGCAGCAGCAGCAGCCCGUUCGCGAUCUCUCUAUCCUGCAGCAUGAGGACCAGUGCAUCAUGGCCGACGUCCUGCAGGUCCACGACCCCCGCAGCAAGAUCGGCUUCAUUGUCCAGAGUAUAUCGGACAUGUACGUUGGCUUCACGCAGCGUCGCGAGGCCCCCUUCAUGCACCCCCGCCUCUGGAUGUCACAGCUGCCCAAAACCAUCAUCACGACGUUUGCUGCUGCUUCGGCGUACUCGACACGCACUCCGCAUACAAAGGGAUGGGCGCUCAAGGUGCUGCUGGAUGCAGUGCGCGAGGUCCAUCGUGAUGGCGAGAGAGCGACUACACACGCCGACAGGCUGGCCAGAGUGCAGGCGCUUCUGCUGCUCAACUCGAUGCGCAUCUUCGACGGCGAUGUAAGCAUGAGGGCGGCGGCAGAGAGGGAGAUGAGCGUCAUGCUGGCGUGGGUAAAGGACCUGGUCGUGGUCAAGAAUGAGCUGGAGGAGGGCUUGCCAGCAGCGGCUCUUAUGUCGAGGGACAAGCCGCCAAAGAGCUGGGAGAGCUGGAUCAUGCUAGAAUGCACGAGGAGGACCAUUAUGAUUGCCUUUGCCAUAAUGUGUCUUGUUUUCGUCCUGAAAUCAGAAGAAGCUCCCAACGACUUCUGGGAGGAUGGCCAUAGCUUCACGGCCUCGCGGCACCUCUGGGAGGCCACAUCCUCGGUUGAAUUCUUCCGUGCCUGGCGUGAGAAGCCGCAGUAUUGCAUCACGGAUAUGAGUUUCAAGGAGUUUUGGAUGUAUGCGAGGCCGGACGACAUGGACGAGUUUACGAGGCUGAUGCUGACUACGCAAGUUGGCGUGGAUGCCAUUGAGCACUUCCUCACGGGUGACACAACUAUUCCGGUUGUAUGA